AUGGUGCGCGAAGCGACAAAAGUCUUCAAUUCAAACGAUAACAAUGUAAUUAUCUUGUCUGUCGGUGACAAUUUCCGCUUUUACAAACCAGCAACAAAGGAAUGGCAUGAAUGGAAGAAUAUAUUCUGUCUCCUCAACAUCUUAUAUUCUAUUGUGGCAUUGAACGAUUAUCUCUAUGUACUGAUGGAAAAUGGCGAAGUUCAUCGUACAAAAUACGCUGAUCCUGAACCGAAAUGGAAAAGAUUGUCGGACAUGAUAUGCGAUCACGGAUAUUCGCCAUCCGCAGUUGCAAUGAAUGGGAACAAUUCAGGAUGCAUCUACGUGUGUGGUAAAUGUGGAUCUCACAGUCGCUCAGUCGCAAGAUACAAUCCAACGAAUAACGAAUGGCAAAAGUUGAAAAGCAUGAAAAUAGGAAGAGGCGGACCCGCAGUUGUUUCAGCUAAAGGACGUUUGUAUUGUUUCGCUGGAUUUGAUGAAUCUGGUUACAGUAUCGAAAGUGGCGAAGUAUUCGAUCCUAAAAGUUCAAAAUGGGAUUUCACUGCGCCGAUGCCUGUAGACAUGGAAUAUGCAUCAGCCGCACAGUCAAACGAUUUCAUUUAUGUUGUAGAUGGACGAGUGCUUCUUUGCUAUGAUAUAAACAACAAUUCAUGGCAGCAAAUAUCUCUAAAAAAUCAGUUACCGGAUUCUGGUUGGGGCUUCAGGCAUAUUGUUGCUCUUAACAAUGAAAUACAUUUUAUCAUAGCUGCGGAAAGAACAUUUUCCUUGUACAAAUUUGAUCCGGAGACAAAUCAGACAGAACACGUUGAAACAGAUGAAAGAUUCUGUUGCGCAUCAGUCGCCGUCGGACAUAUGUGA